AUUGGCUGCUUAUCUUUAGCACGUCAUGAUUGACGGAUAGACUAACUGUCCUCAUGAAGCGGUAGUAUUGUUAGAGGAUGUGAGAAGUCAGUGUAAGUGUUUUCCAGUAAACAGGACCAUGUCUAGAAGUCAGAAGGCCGACCAUGAGCUCACUGAGGUGCUCAACCAACUCUGGCAUCUGGACACCAACCGUCUCAAACCAGGGACUGAUUACACCAUUUCCCUCCAGGGUAGAGCUGGUUAUGUUGCUCAGGGCAGUAACUACGCCAGAGACAAAGCCCGGGCUCCUCUCUUCGCCUACGUCAACGAAGAAAAAAUCAAAGGAAUUGAGACGUAUGCACAUUUCAUCAACCUGCUGGACAACUAUGAGGCGUCUACAGGCGUAUCAGAGAGGGUUACAAGAGAGGAGCUGCAAGAGAACAGACUCUUCAUUGAUUCUAUGAUGGAGACCGAGGUUAUGAAGUGUGCUCACAAGUAUCUUGUUGAGAAGAGGCAGUCUCCAUCAGAGCCUUCACAGUUCAAGAGACAGCUGUAUGACAUCUGGUUUCGCCUCUACCACAGGGACAGGAGCGGAGGGGAGGAUUCCUGUGGAUUCGAACACGUGUUUGUGGGAGAAACCAAGUACGGCCAGGAGGUCAUGGGUCUUCACAACUGGAUCCAGUUCUACCUGCAGGAAAAACACAACCACGUUGACUACAAAGGCUACAAAGCAAGAGACAACAAAGAUUCACCUGAUGAAGAUGACCAUGUCCUGAACCUUCAGUUCAGCUGGAAAGGUUUGGUGAAGCCGAUCGGCGGCUCCUUCAUUGGUGUUAGCCCAGAGUUUGAAGUAGCCCUCUUUACGAUCAUCUUCCUCAUGUCAAAUGAGAAAAUGACAUCUGUGGUGGUGAAAGUGGACGAGUACGUGCUGGAGCUGGUUGUUUAUCGGCAUGGGCGAUCCAUCGGCACGUCGUUCCCAAAACUGCUCAGCAGCAACAACAGGGAUCUGUAAUAUUACACAUCAUCAAAUACCAGAUGUCAUAUACGGAUGUAUUAACAGUUAGUGUUACAUUUUAUUGUACUCAUAUGUAGCAUAAGCCAAAGAUUAAUCUGGAUCAGGUUUAUUUGCACUAAAUGCUAGGCUUAAACUUUCCAUAUUGAGUUUGUAGCUUAAAUUUCCUGAUAUGGAUUGAUACAAUAGACUGAGUAUAACCUCUUUUUAAUCAUUUAUCUGUCAUAUCCUGUAAACUGUUAUUGAAUGAAUAAAAGUUUCUGAUGACAAAGACA